AUGAGCCGACGAAAAAGCAGUAUUUUAUUGCCCUUCAACCUCAAUGCAACUAAAACUGUUAAUCAAACGGACGAAAAUGUCACUGCUUUACGAACCACAAUCAAGACGCCACAAUUUAAGACGCCUGCAAGUCGGCGGCGGACUGUGGUUGAGAUUGUGGAACCAGAGUUGGAUGAAAAUGACCUUGAAGAAUUUGAAGAUUUGAAGCGGAAAAUGUGGAGUGUCUAUCGUGUGUCUGACUUGAAUAGCUUUGACCAUACAAAACCAACCACGUUUCCCCGAUAUGGACGUAUUUUAUCAAGAUACCUGGUCAACUCUUUCAGCACUCAAGCAGUGACAUUACAGGCAAAAUUUGUACUUAAACCGGAUAUUCAAGGAUUUGACCAAGAAGAUCUACCAGUUCACAUUAAAGUUGAAGAUGUACAGCUAUCACAGCCUAGACUUGUUUACGAAGGUCUCCUUUUAUCAGCUCGUAAAUCUGAAGAAUCAAGAGCCGACGGUGUUGUUCAUUUGCCGGUUCUUUUGGCAAGAGGCCCACUAAGUGUUAGAGAUAAAGUUCACCAUUGCUUGUCUGCCGUUUUUUCUUCCUCCAUAAACGAAGUUUCAAUUCCCACCGAUGACAUGCAUUGGAUGAUUGCAGCUUGGUCAGGAUUCUUAAACGAAUCAAGAAAUAAUAAAGAAGUAAGCUUUAUGUAUGGCAUUCCUUCAAGAACAGACACUAUCCAAUGUCAAUACUCUGUAAAUUUCAUCAAGGACCUUUGGAGCUGCAUCCAUGAUAUGGACAACCGCGAUGUAGAAUUGAGCGAAGUAAAAAGAUUCUACUCUUCGUUGAUAAAACACACUGCAAACACUGUUGGUCUAAACUUGAAUAACGUUCCUUUGAUCAUGUACAAAACUCCUGAUUUUGAACUUCAUACUGUUGGGAAAGUUAAAGUGAACACUCUCGAAUUCAUCCCUAGGAUUUUACAUUUCAUUGCUGACUUAUGUGAAAAAAAACAUGAAUGAUUUUAUCCAACCAUAACAAGAACAGCUUUUCAAACAAACAAAACUUGUACUGCCAGUUGAAAAUUUCUCUUUCAAAAAGAUUGUGCAACGGCCAACAGUUAAGCGGUAUCCUUUUCGGAUCCAAUUCCCUAUCCCAUGGUCAGUCAACAAUCCUGCCGAGGAGAAGUGAUCAUUGUUUUUAGCAUACAGUGUUGGAUAUUGUAGUCUUCCCUUAACAAAGCCGAGUGCACCAUAUUCUAAUUUAUGUGAAGAAAAAAAUCAGUCUUUGUAAUGAUUCAACAAACAAUUCUUACGCAUUUAGAGAUCAUACAUCCACGACGGAGUCGGAAAGGAUCUCUUGGCCCCGACUACAGAUGGAGUCUCUAUCUAUUUUAUUAAACUCAGUUUUAUCCAUUACAAAGAAACCUCUUCCGUACCUUGGAACUCCUUUUAAAUUUGCCAUAUCGUUCAUAUCUUUUAGCGGAAAGCUUUGUAAUAUAUCUAUUCAGUUCAAUGUGAUGUUGGUAAUAUAUCUUUGCUAAUACAGACAACUAAAGCGGA